AUGGUUGGUAUUUUCUCCAAAUUUUCUGUUGGUAGAAACGGCCAUAGACGAACACAGAGUGCCAUCGAUGAGAGGGGAGCAAUGACUCCAAGUUCUGAUCAUGUUGUUUUACCAAACACCGCACCAACUUCAACUCAUGGGAUCGAAGAAGAAACAGAAUUUAAACCGGUGGAACACCCGAUUGAGCCUUUGGACAACGAUCAACCGAUCCAAUGUCCACUUCCCGAGCCAUCCAUUCUAAAUGACGGGAAAAUCUGGAAAGAGAGAGUAUCGGCUUCAAUGAGAAGACGAGGCGAUUUGGCCAUUGUUCAAGAUGGAAUGAAUGAAGUAUCUGAUGGCUCUGUGACAAAACCAUCAUCACAACCUAGCCAAUCCAAUCUCAACCGUCUGAUUUUGCCUUCGGUCAGUGCGCCUGAAAACAAGUUGCUUAAUCUACUAGAUGAAUGCAAAGCAUCCGGUAGUAUCUAA